UGAGCGCCGCUGUGAGAAGCGUCUGAGCUGAGACCCAAGCUAGCGGCCGUCGCCAGCAGCGCCCGGUGCCUCUCCCCACCCACCGCCAGGUCCUAGCCCGUUCCCAACGUCCGCACUUUUCCCGGCGCCUGCACGCAACACCCUUGGACAGCAUGCUAGGGGUCUUCCUUCUGAGUGUGUUGGCCCCGGCGGGCCUGGGGCUUCCCACACCAGCAGAGCCGCUGCUCAGUAGCAGUCAGUGCGUCGAGCACGAUUGUUUCGCGAUUUUCCCGGGCCCCGUGACCUUCUUUGCUGCCAAACAGGCCUGCGAACGCCUACGAGGACAUCUGAUGACCGUGCGCUCCUCUGUGGCUGCCGAUGUCAUCUCCCUGCUACUGAGUGACGAUGAGAGCGUCGGCCCGCGUAUUUGGAUCGGUUUGGUGCUCCAUCAGGGCUGUGUCGACCCGGAGCAACUCGGGCCCCUACGCGGCUUCCAGUGGGUUACAGGAGACAAUCGCACCAGCUAUAGCAGGUGGGCGCGGCUUGACCGUGUUGGGGCGCCCCUCUGCGGCCAGCUGUGCGUCACUGUCACGGCAGUGGCAGCCUCAGCGCCUGGAGAACCGGUCUGGGAGGAGCAACAAUGCAACCAGGAGGCCGACGGCUUCCUUUGUGAGUUCCCCUUUGCAGCGUCCUGCAGACCCGUGGCGGUGGACCCCAGCGCCGCUGUUGCUGUUCAUGUCCCAAGCACCUACAGCACCCCGUUUGGGGCCCACGGCAGGGACUUUCAGGCACUGCCAGUGGGCACCUCCGCUGUGGUGGAGAAACUAGGCUUGGAGCUAAUGUGCAUGGUGCCUCCUGGAGCUAUAGAGGCGCGCUGGGGUCGGGAGGCGCCCGGUGCCUGGGACUGCAACGUGGAGAAUGGAGGCUGUGAGCACGCGUGCAACCGGAGCGCUGUGACGCCCAGCUGCCUCUGCCCAGGUGACGCCGUUCUGCAGGCAGACGAGCGCUCCUGCGCAGCACCCACAGUGCAGUCGUGCAACCAUUUAUGUGAGCACUUCUGCGUUAACAACUCCGAAGUGCCAGGCUCCUAUGUGUGUAUGUGCGAGACUGGCUACCAACUGGCCGCGGACCAGCACCGGUGCGAGGACGUGGACGAUUGUAUGAUGGUCCCAAAUCUGUGCCCGCAACGGUGUGUCAACACGAAGGGUGGCUUUGAGUGCCAAUGCUAUCCUGGCUAUGAACUGGUAGACGGCGAAUGCGUGGAGCUGCUGGAUCCCUGUUUCGCCGCUAACUGCGAGUACCAGUGUCAGCCGGUGAGUCAAACAGAGUACCGUUGCAUUUGUGCUGAGGGCUUCGCACCCAACCCCCAAGAUACGCACAGGUGCCAGAUGUUCUGCAAUGAGACUGCAUGCCCCGCAGACUGUGACCCCAACACCCCAGACAGUUGCCAGUGUCCAGAAGGCUACAUCCUGGACGACGGUUUCAUGUGCACUGACAUAGAUGAGUGCGACAAUGAAUAUUGUCCUUAUGAAUGCCGCAACCUCCCGGGCAGCUAUGAGUGCAUCUGUGGGCCCAACUCCGAUCUUGCCGUCUCCGUUGGCACAGACUGUGACGCUACCAGGGUGCCCAGCAUUGACGACAAGGAAGAUGGCUCUGGAGAGCUCCCAAUCAGCCCGUCGCCGGACUCCACCUCAAGUUCUCCAAUCGCGGGGCCUGUGCAUUCGGGCGUGCUCAUUGGCAUAUCCAUUGCAAGCCUGUCUCUGGUGGUGGCGCUUUUGGCACUCCUAUGCCACCUGCGCAAAAAGCAGGGUGCUGCGCCAGCAGAACUGCAGUAUAAGUGCGGCUCACCUGCCAAGGAGGUGGUGCUGCAGCACGUGAGAACUGAUCGGACACUGCAGAAACUCUGAGGGCCCUCCCUCCAGGGACCUGGGUAUUAGCGUGCCUAUUUCUCCUUCCUGUGCCUUUCUCCUUGGCUACCCAGAAGCACCCUAGCUUGCUUGACACCUGGAGAAGUUCCUCCCCCAUCCUCCCAUACUGUAGUUGGGCAGGAAAGGAUUGGAAGGAGGGGAGCCCCAGUCUCUUCCAAGAACACCACAGGAAAACUGGGCAGAGAUGUCAAAUUUACAUCAAGACACAGACUGCAAAGUGUCCCAGGACCUUACCAUGGGGGGACAGGAAGGGUGAGCCUUACUGGUCUGUAGCCUUGGGGGCUGACUUGUGAGAUAGUGAGGACCAGUAUAUUUAUUAUUAUUUUAAAAUAUUUAGGCUUUCCCCCAUUCCUUUGCUUUUCCCCCCUACCUGUAUUUCUCCAAUACAAACUUUAUGUGUA